AUUAAAUUAAUAACUUGUUUAUGUAAAUGAACCCGUUCUCAAUUUAGUUGAAAACAAACUGUUCUCGAGUAUAGUUCUUUGCAAUGGCGCACGAGAAUUUAAGUGAGAGAGAUAGGGCGGUCUUGAGAAGUAUUUUUGAUCCUACUGCAACAAUUGGUGAUGUAGCUGAUGACGGUGAUAAGUUUAUGGAAGAUGAAGAAGAUAAUACACCAGCAAACGAAGAAUCGAAGACUCUUUGCAUCCAAGGGGUGAAAUUAGCUGAAACAGGAAAACUGAACGAAGCUUUGGAGUUGCUUAGCCGAGGAAUUGAAGUUGCACCAAACAGAGCUUCGGGGUAUAAUGACAGAGCACAACUUUUACGGCUUAUGCAAAGAAAUGAGGAAGCAGCAGCCGACAUAAAUCAAGCCCUUAAUUUAACUGAAGGAAAGCGAACUAGGUCGCGUGCGCUAGCUUUGUGUCAGCGCGGCGUUAUGUUGCGAAAGAAUGGAUCUGACGAUGAAGCACGCGCUGCCUUCGCUGAGGCUGCUAAGUUGGGAAGUAGCUUUGCUAGAAAGCAGGUGGUGGAGUUAAAUCCUUAUGCUGCCCUGUGUAAUAAAAUGCUCAGCCAAGUUAUAAAAGGAGAGAAUAUAAAAUUAUGAGCUAAAAAUUGUAAUGACAACAACUUUUUGAAUUUUCUAAGACAUAUUUCACUAAUAUAAUUUUAAAUAAAAGACACAUAUCUAAUGGA